UUUCUCACAAGUCAUAAACAAAGUUUGUAUUUGUGAAUAGAAAUAUGGCAACUAUUGCUACAGUUAUGCUUAUAACUAUGUCCCUGGCUUCUCUUGUGAGUGCACUAAAUGUAAAUUACUAUGAAAAUGCGUGCCCCCAUAAUGUAGAUUCCAUUGUAGCUGCUGCUGUUCACAAAGCAACCAUGAAUGACAAAACUGUCCCAGCUGCUCUUCUUCGGAUGCAUUUUCAUGAUUGCUUCAUAAGGGGUUGUGAUGCCUCUGUUCUUCUCGAAUCAAAAGGUAAGAAAAAAGCAGAAAAGGAUGGACCUCCUAACAUUUCUUUACAUGCAUUCUAUGUCAUUGACAACGCUAAGAAAGCAGUGGAAGCCGUUUGCCCCGGGGUAGUAUCUUGUGCUGAUAUUUUGGCUCUUGCUGCUAGGGAUGCUGUUGCUCUGUCGGGAGGACCCACUUGGGAUGUGCCAAAAGGAAGAAAGGAUGGAAGGAUAUCAAAGGCCACAGAAACCAGACAAUUGCCGGCUCCCACCUUCAACAUCUCCCAAUUACAACAAAGCUUCUCCCAAAGAGGCCUUUCCUUGGAAGAUCUUGUAGCCCUCUCAGGAGGUCACACCCUGGGGUUUGCUCAUUGUUCAUCUUUCCAAAACAGAAUCCAUAAGUUCAGCCAGAAACUAGAGAUUGACCCAUCUCUGAACCCUUCAUUCGCAAGAAGCCUCCGAGGCAUAUGCCCCUCUCACAACAAGGUUAAAAAUGCAGGAAGCUCAUUGGAUUCUAGUUCCACCUUGUUUGACAAUGCUUAUUACAAGCUACUCCUCCAAGGAAAGAGCUUAUUCUCCUCUGAUCAAGCUCUGCUCACUCAUCCCACCACUAAAGCUUUGGUUUCCAACUUUGCUGAUUCGCAAGAGGAAUUUGAAAGGGCCUUCGUCAAGUCCAUGAUCAAGAUGAGCAGCAUCACCAACGGUGGACAAGAAAUCAGGCUCAAUUGUAAACUCGUUAGAUGAUUGAUUCGCAUGUAUAAGAAUGUAUGCAUGUUUUUUAGUCAAAUGUGUUGUCGCGAUUAAUGGAUUGAGGAAAACAAAGGGUACUCCCUCCUUUCUAUAUUUUCCACCCCAUGCAUUCUUAAACAUUAAUGAAGGAUUCAUUCACUUGUUAUUACUUGUAACUUUCAAAUUGUAACCAUUUUCUCUUCCAGCAUUUCUAGCAA